CGGAUUCGAUCGAAAAGAAAGAAAGGAAACAAGUGUUUCGUACGGGCAGCAUUUGGAAUUCCAUUGCAGUAAAAGAAAGAGCAGCUGACGAGAAAAUUGCACAAAAAUGGCGUCUCUGCUUCUAUUAAUUUUUCUGUCAUUUUCGCUUCCUUUAAUCUCCGUUGCUUACAGGCCUGGGGACAUCGUUCCCAUGAGCAAGAUGGGCCAGUACCACUCUUCGAGAACUGUUUGGCAUGACGUGAUUGGGAAGCAUUGCCCCAUCUUUGCCGUUAAUCGCGAGGUGUUGAUUCCUAUAGCAAAGCCGACUGGUUACACGGGCGCUGAUCCCUACAAAAUAUCAUUCCAAGUUGGGAAGGAGAAGUUUCUAGUUCCAUGGCUUUUUUUGAUAAAUCGUAAGAGUUCUGAAGUUCCAAUGAUUGAUAUGCAUUUGAGGUACUCAGGUGGCGAUUUGCAUGGUGUCACUGCUAAAAUAGUGGAUAUGCCUCAUCACUAUGUUGAAAUUCAUCCAAAUAUUCGUAAACAAUUCUGGGAUCCUCAACAUUGGCCUAAACAUGUGCUCGUCAGAUACACCUGGGAGGAGCAAUCAGAGAUAGAUGUGGCGUCUGGAUUUUACGUUCUGUUCGGAUCAGGGCUGAUGCUAUCUUUUAUUCUGUCAAUAUAUAUCUUGCAGUCAUCAAGAGACAAAUUAGCAAGGUUUGUAAGGGAGACUGUUGCAGAAAGCAGUGCACCUGGAGUCGGAGUGGCAAAGGUUGAGUGAUGGAACCUCCAAAAUGCUGCAAUCCUCCAUCUUUGAGAAAAAAAUGCGGUCGUUUGCAGAUGCGAAAUUAUGAAGGUAACCGGGGUGUUUAACAGCAAGGAGUUGGACCAAGGAAAUGAAGGCUACUUGGUAUGGGAAUAUUUAUGUAGAACGCAGUUGAGUGAAGUUGGAAUCCGACUGGGCACUGAGAUAAUUAAUUGCUAGCUGAAUGGUAAUUAGUAAAAAAAAAAAAAGAGUACAAAGAACUAAUACUUUGUAGUCUUAACUAUAAACUAUUCACAUGAUGUAUACCCCCAGAAUUUUCUUCUCCUUUGGUUGUACACACUGUUUCAAAUUUCAUGUUGAAUACCGACAUUCAUCCUGCCCUGGGUUGAGAUAGAGUUGAA